AUGCCGGAGACAGUCAAUUGCGCCCAACCACAGGAGGUGGGACCGGCGAGAUUCGUUGAUCGAAUCAAAGCGAGGGCACGCAAGAGGACGGCAGCAGUUCGAGGAUGCCUCACGUCCGUGGUUGAGAGUGAGUCGGAAGACCCAGCUGCUCGGAUUGAAGAUUUCCUUACUUACGCUGCCGGUACAGAAUUUCGUGGAUCGAAACGACGCCAACCAGAGGCGCGCUGCAGCGACGCUUUGAAGCAGAUAGAACGUCAACCCGAGGAUCGUGAAGUCUUGGUCGAUAUUCCACAUGGGAGGGGAUCCGUCAGCAGCUUUUCAACCGUGCUAGGCAUGUACCCCCCCGAGUCCUCGUCCACCAUAUCACUCCCCUCGACUUUCUCGAUGGGCUCAAUGUUUGUUCCCGAACCAAUUGCACAGCAAGCUUCGCCGGCUCAUCCAAGCACCUACUUUGCCAUUGAGACGCCAGAUGACUUUGAACGAUUCCGCUCGGAUCUGCGAAAUCGAACCGAGCUCGAAUCUGUGCCAGCAUUGCCGACGGCAGGGUCACGACUAAAGACUGAAUGCUUUCACGUGGAUUCGACACCGAUUCCUGUGGGUGAAGAAAGGGACAGACCCAGGUUCAAGGCAUAUCCUGGUAAGCCAGACGCUGACAACCAGGGUCCCGUCUCCUUUCAAGCGUACUCGGCUGGGACGAAGCUCAAACAUGGAAGCGUCCGUUACAUCCCACCUACUUUGCAAUCUGGGUACGUCAAUGGUGUCCCGCCAGCUCUUCGAGCCGCACACACUGGCAAUAGCUCGACUCGCCCUCAGAGCACUCCCAAGGGGACGGCUGCUGGUCACACAAGCCAGAACUAUUCGUGGCCACUGGUGGACUUCCACAAGGAAAUCUUUCUGAACGCCGAUCCGUCACAAACAAGUCACUCUACUCGGUACCAGGAGCCACGCAUUCCGUCCAUGGAAUUCACUGGCCGUGGACUGGAGGACGAGAUGAAGGCGGUGCUGGACAGCAUCCACAAGCGGGAGAUCGAGAAGGAAGCCGCACACGUGCAAGACCGAGCCUGGAUGUCGCCCGGUUCACCGUUGGACUGGCCGGCUUAUGAGAGGGAAGCUUGUAUUCCGGCUGCGGCAGCGCAAGCAGGGGUGCAUCCGCGAGUCCUCACCAUAGGGAGAUUGCAGGAGCAGGAGAGCUCGAUCGGCUCGGUUCCGGCUCCUCUUCCUCCGUCGAGCGAGGAACGCAGAGUCAAGUUCAGUGAGUACAACUGGCCCCGGUUCAGCGAUGAUCAGUUCACGGAUCCGGCCGAGGAACACUCGCGCGAGUACCGUCGUCGGAGACGGGAAGCGCGAAGGAACACUACCAGACGAGAGCUUUGA